UAUUUUAUAUAAAAUUUCAGGUGUCUCCGUUUGACAGAAAAAUGGUUUCAAAAAAUCCUAAAAAUUAAUAGAAAUAACAUGAAGAUUGACAUUACUACGAAAACCAGUGAUAUCCUUAGUCUAGCAAGAUGUUGGUAUACAGAAGGAAGGCAUACCGACAUAAGUGUAAGAUGUGGAGGGGAAGGGGAAUCAGUUUUCCACUGUCAUAAACUAAUCCUAAGGGAUCUGUUGAUAAAACAGCUAGGAGCGGAGGUUUGUGUAGUGGAAGAUGCAGACGAGAUAAUUCUAUCCGAGGUUUCUAAACAAUCCUUCCAGGAGUACAUCAGAAUUGUAUACGGGUUUUCUGAGACUGUAUUGAGUUGUUCACUUGAGGAGAAGGAAUGGGUUCUGACUAUGCUUGAUAUACCAGAUAUGGAUUUUCAGGUAAAAAUUGAAGACGAUCCCUUGGCUGAACUUACGAUCAAACAGGAACCGAUCAUAGAGCUCUCAGAAAAUCUCAGCUUCUCAUCAGUCCCAGAGAAAUUUACCAAGGUUCAUACCUGUGGUUUUUGCAAAAAAGAGUUUAGAAGACAUGAUCAUCUGAACAGACACAUGCUGCAACAUACCGGCGAAAAACCGUUUGAAUGUGAUCAAUGUGAGAAAGGAUUUACGAGGAAGGAUAAACUCAAACAGCACGUAGCAAAACAUCACAUUGAUUUGUUAUCUGGGCAACUGCUCUCACAGGAUAUGAAGUAUGCUGAUGAGUUUGAGGAGCACAAGAUGGAUUUUCAGGAAAUAACGAUGACAAAUGACGAAGAUGAGAAGGAAGGCGAAGACCAUGAUAUGAAGGAAGAAGAUAAUAUCGAGGAGACUGAUGAGACAUUAGAAGAAGAUAAAAAGUCUAAAAAGCUGAGACCAGGAAAGAAAGUGACUUGUAUCUACUGUCCAGAAACUUUCAACGGAAUAAAAUCUAGAAAAAAACAUGCACUAGCAAACCACUCAGCUGAGAUUCUAGAGAGCUGUCGUCUUCUCUCCUUAAGGCGGGAUGGAAAGAGGAAAAGACUGAAGAAUCAUACAUGCCCUGAGGAAGGAUGUGAAAGACAAUUCAGACACACCUGUGAGGUUACUGAUCACGUCAACGUUGUGCACAAUCAUCAGAAGAACUAUAUUUGUGAACUUUGCUCAAAAGCUUUCCCGUACAGGAAAUCUCUGAGAUAUCACAUGGAUCUGAAGCACAACAUGAACAAGAAGGUUGAGAGUAUCCUGUGUCCCAACUGCGGAGAUAUUUUCACUUCUAAGAUUAAACUUCAGAUUCAUAUCACGGCCAAACAUAGAAUCAAGGUACAAAGAUACCAGUGCAAGUUCUGUGACUUCAAGACGCACGCUAGGAAUGUUAUAACGGAGCAUGAACGUACACACACAGGAGAGAAGCCUGAAAUUUGUCAGUGGUGUGGAAAAGGAUUUAACGCUAAGAAAACUUUACGAAAUCAUGAACGACUUCAUACAGGAGAGAAACCUUACAAAUGUAACCACUGCUCCAGCAGUUUCGCCCAGAGAACCAGUCUUAACGUUCAUUUUAAUUCACAUCAUAAAGGACUGCAACCCUUAUCCAGUCCAAUCAAAGACAAGGAUAAAUUUAAUGGUAAUUAUGACGAGCAAAGCGAGCAAGAAUCGGAGGAUACUUUGUCUAUAAAUCAAAUGGACGAAUCAAGGAUGAGACUUGAAGAACGACGACAAGUUAGCGAUGAACCCUGGAACUCGAAUACAUUGACCAUUAAACCUCUUAACAAACUUCAAAAUAUUGGUGUUCAUGAAUCUGUUAUUGUUCCACGCUACAAAUCUGACCGCUAAGAAUGCACACCUGUAUGAAUAAUGAAUAUCAAACAAAACCCCGGUUAAAUCUAUAUCUUGACUAUUGUAACUUUUAUGUAAACCAAAUCUAAUCUCUUAUUAAUAGAACCCGGUGUAUGAAAAAAAUAUCAGUUGAAUUUUUUUUAAUAUUAAGUCAACGUUUUCUUUGUUGUAAAUUUUAACUUGACAUUUUAAUUAUUUGUUUCUUUUUUUGGACUUAAUCUAGAAUUGUUGGACAUCUUUUCAUUUCUUUCUUCACAUUUUUCGUUUUCAAACUCUAAUUUUUAUAAAGGCCUUGAAAUCUAACAUGGGUACUGGGUAGAUAUUCCACAUAACAAAAAAACUAAAAUAAUCGUGUGUCCGAUAAUUUUAAUAAUAAAAAAAGAAAUGGAGAAAACGAUUCUUAAAAAAUGGAUCCAAUGGACUUUUGCUUAAAUACAAGAAUCAGGCGUGUGGACUGGGG